AUGUUGCCGUGUUUGACUCUCCAGGUGGUGGUGACCCUCAAGGAUGUGGCCGUGACCUUUACCCGGGAGGAGUGGGGACAACUUGACCUGGACCAGAGGACCCUGUUCCGGGAGGUGAUGCUGGAGACCUGCGGGCUCCUGGUCUCCCUAGGGCAUCCAAUUCCCAAACCAGAGUUGAUCCACCUGCUGGAGCAUGGGCAGAAGCUGUGGACAGGAACCAGAGGCCUCCCGCAUAGCACCGGCCCAGGUGACAGACCAAAAUGUCAGACCAGAGAGUCAAGCAAUUCUCAACCAGUUUUAUCUGAGGAAGCCUUGCUCCAGGGAAGCCUGACUCUGGGAUCUUCCUGGGACUCCAGGUUGGGGCGAGCCGGGGCUGCACAAGGGCUCUUGGAAAUGUGGAGAGUUCCAGAGAAGCCAGAGGUGGACGCUGGCAAGCAGGCCCAUCCGGGGAAGAUGACCCUUGAGGAUGACGGUUUAGGGGCAGGUGAUGGUCUGCACUCAGGAGCGUUCCAGAAGAGAGUCUCUCAGGAGGAUGUUCUCCACGAACGUGACCCACAGCCACCUGGAAGAGGCUCCCCCAUUCAUCGCCUCUACAAGUGCAAGCAGUGCGGGAAGGCUUUCAACAGGAAAUGGUACCUCGUGCGCCACCAGCGGAUUCACACGGGCAUGAAGCCCUACGAGUGCAACGCGUGUGGGAAAGCCUUCAGCCAGAGCUCCACGCUUAUCCGCCACUACCUCAUCCACACCGGGGAGAAGCCGUACAAGUGCGCUGAGUGCGGCAAGGCCUUCAAGCGCAGGUCCUACCUCCUGCAGCACCAGCCGGUGCACACCGGGGAGAAGCCCUACGAGUGCAGCCAGUGUCGCAAGGCCUUCACCCACCGCUCCACCUUCAUCCGCCACCAUCGGACCCACUCGGGCGAAAAACCCUUCGAAUGCAAAGAGUGUGAGAAGUCGUUCAGCAACCGAGCGCACCUCAUCCAGCACUACGUCAUCCACACCGGGGAGAAGCCCUACGAGUGCGCGGAGUGUGCCAAGGCCUUCCGCUGCAGCUCGGAGCUGCUGCAGCACCAGCGGGUCCACACCGGCGAGAAGCCGUACACCUGCACCCAGUGCGGGAAGGCCUUCCACCGGAGCACCUACCUCCUGCAGCACUCGGUCAUCCACACCGCGGAGACGCCAUUCAAGUGCUCCCAGUGCGGCAAGGCCUUCAAGCGCAGGUCACACCUCCUGCAGCACCAGCGGGUUCACACUUGA